AUGGGACAUGCAACCAUUAGUGGAUUGCCAGUUCGUUUGGCGGAAAAAAAACCCCCAGGGACACGUGCAUAUGAAACAUUGGAUGUAGUUACAAAUGUUUGGGGAUUGAUUCCACGCGAAAAUAUACCGGUUUACCGUUAUGAUUUCCGUGUGUUGGAAGAAUAUCCCCCAAAAAGUAACAGUGAACCAUCUUUCAAGGAAGUAUCAAGGCAGACGAAAAAUGAUUAUCUUACGGUGGAUCGUAAAACAAAGUGUCUUACGGUUUACCAAACUUUAUUGAAACGUGAGAAGCAGUUUUUUGGUGCUGUGGACUCGCUGAUUUAUGAUCGUGCAUCGAUUUUAUAUUCACUACGAAAAUUAUCAUUUCCAAAAGCUAGUGGAGACGAGCAGCAGGCAACAUUCUUUCUGAAGCCAGAUGAACUUCCGACAAAUAUUGUUAAUGAAGAUUGCGUAAAGAUCCAUAUACAUGUCAAACCCUGUAAGGAGGAUUUCCAAUUGACAAUGAAUGAUUUGAAGAGUUGUGUCAGUAACAACCCGGAUGAGAUCAACCACAGUUUACAGCAGUUUUUGGAAAUUUUGGCUAUGCAAGAAGUGUUUUUCAUGGAGGGCCGUUUUGUGAGUUAUGGAGCAGGAGAAUGCUACCUUAUGUAUCCAAAUCAGUUUGGCUUUGGAGAGAGAGAUACACCUGAGCUAGAGGAAGGGAAAUAUGUUGCUGUGGGUGCAGCAAAGGGUGUAAGAAUUGUUGAAGGUCCCCGAGGCUUUGAAGGGGGCAUCAAUGCAGCAUUGGUAAUCGAUGUGAAGAAAGCAGCAUUCCAUGUUGAUAAUCAGUGUUUGCUUGAGAAGGCGUGUGCUACAGUUCCAUCUCUUCGAUUGCAGCAGACGAAUACAUUGAGUCAAGCGAUGAAGCUUAAUAGUUCUAACCAGAAUAAGUGGAUGGCAAAAUGUAACGUGGCUGUUACAAAUAAUUUGACGUUUACAGCAAGAGUGCUUCCUACGCCAAGUAUUGAAUAUCGGACUAACGGAUGGAUAAAACCAAGUGAGAAGACCUCAUGGACGGUUGGAAAAUAUCAAUACCUAAUUCCGGGUGUUUGCCGAAAUUGGUAUGCGGUGGCAUUAAUGGGUCCACGAGAAGGAAGAUUUAAUGAACAUCAAUUCCGUAAAUAUAUGGACAUCUUUUUGCAACACUGUCGUCUACAUGGUAUGGAAAUGAGAGACCCACUUAAAUAUGUGUAUAUCCCACAUGCAAAACAACAGAAUGUUGAGCCGUUGAUUACGGAAGCUAAAAGUUUAGGCGCGACAUUUAUUCAUUUUGUGACUGCUGAUGAGCUGAAUUACCAUGCACAUAUAAAAUAUAUCGAGUCACAAGAGCAAGUUGUUACGCAGGAUUUAAAAGCAUCAACUGCAUUGUCGGUGACCACACAAAACAAACGUCAAACACUUGAUAAUAUCGUCAAUAAAACGAACAUUAAACUGGGAGGACUGAAUUAUUCGGUUCAUCUUGAGACUAACUGUGACCGAUGGCUGACGAAAACCGGACUUCUCAUUGUGGGUCUGGAUAUUGCGCACCCUUAUUUUGCUGUACCUAGAAAGGAUCGAAGCUGUGUUCCAUCAGUCAUUGGU